UGUCUUCUCGGAGAAGAUGAAACUAAUUGCAGUCACGGCUGUCCGAAAGGCAAGUUUAAAUGCCAAGAUGGUAAAACAUGUAUUUAUCAAAGAGAUAGGUGUGACAAAAUAAAAGACUGCCCUGAUGGCGAUGAUGAACUUGAUUGCGCCGUAAAAUGCGAAAACUUUGAAUUUUCUUGUCACUCGGGUGAGUGCAUUCCUUUGUCUUGGCAAUGCGAUGGUUCCCCGGAUUGCGCAGACGGAAGUGACGAAGAUCUUCCCCAAUGUCAUCAUACAACAGCAACUACUACUACUUUGAGUCCCUUAAAAUUUUCUUCCUGUCCAGAAACCAUGUUUAGGUGCCAGUCCGGUACAUGCAUUACCCUGGAUAGAGUUUGUGACGGAAAAGCAGAUUGUUACGAUUUCUCGGACGAGGGAGAUCACUGUAAGGACACGUGUGGUUCGAACAACCAUGGAUGCGCCCACAUUUGUGUUCAUGGACCAGAAGGACCAUUCUGUCAAUGUCAUGAAGGUUUCGAGUUAGGCGCCGAUAAAAUGUCCUGUUCGGAUGUCGACGAAUGUCAGCAACUGGGUUCUUGUAGCCAGUUCUGCCUUAAUACAAAAGGCAGUUACAUGUGCGCGUGCUACGAAGGCUACUCGCUGCAACACAAUGGACAAUGCAAAGCUAUCGGAGGCAUCUUGGUGUUGUUUAUGUUAGUUCGGAAUGAUAUUAGAUCUAUAGACUUGAUGCAUCACCACGAAAGCAUCUUAGUUAAGGACAUACACAACAUUAAGGGAAUGGAUUUCGUAGACUCAGAAGACGACAGUGUAAUCAUUUGGGGUGAUGCAGAAAAGGAAUCCAUCAUGUAUUUUUCCCUGAAAAACCUUACGAUGGGCGUACUACUUAAUACUUCGGACAAUGUGAUUCUAGUAGCCUACGAUUGGGUUGGACUGAAUUAUUACUACGUUUGUGAUUACGCGAUACAUGUUUGUAACAACAAAGCUUAUUGCGCCACAAUCUUAGAUGGUGAAAACAUCAAUACGUUCACGCUCGUGCCUACCGACGGAAUAAUGUUCAUUGGUCUUGUUAAUGCAAUAAGUAGAAUGGAUAUGGAUGGAAGCAAAUAUCGGGAAAUAGUUUCUCACAAAGUAGUGAAUCCCUCUGCCAUUGCCGUAGAUCGAAUGUUAAAACACAUAUACUGGGUGGAAUUUAAACGUGAUGUAAUCUCUUCUGUCGAUUAUAACGGAGACAAAUUACGGAUUGUGACCUCGAAAGCAAAGCUUCCUUUCGCUCUGUCAUUGUUCGAGGAUUACUUAUACUGGUCUGAAUGGGAGGUGACUCAUAUUUACAGGUGCAACAAAUUCAAUUGUGAACAUCCACUCAUCAUCGCUCAGAGUGGGAGCAUAGUGCGGCAACUGCUUGUUUUUCAUCCUGUGCUUCGUCGAAGAGUUCGCAAUCCUUGUGAACAAAGUCCUUGUGACCAACUUUGUCUGCUAAUACCCAACAAUCGUGUGUGCAAAUGUAGUGAUGGCUUCAAUCUAGUAUCUGGCCGAUGUGAAGAAACUUGCACGCCCGAUUACUGCUACAACGAAGGAUCAUGCGAAAUCGUAGGAACGACUAAACAAUGCAACUGUUUAAUUGGCUAUGAAGGUGAGAGAUGCGAGAACGAAAUUCAAAGCAUGACAGCAAAUAUCGAAGAAAGUGCAAAUGGAUGGAUUGCUGGAGCUGUCAUUGGCAUUAUUCUCGUAGUUGUCAUUAUCGCCUUCACUUAUUUGUGUCUGAAGGACAAGACAAGAAUUCGUAAUCGUGGACGCAACAUAAUCGUCUCCUUCAGGCAUUCCUUUUUGCAAAAGGAGGAACCUCUAAUUAUAGAUUCGGAGUACUCCGAUCCCAUAGAAAAAACUAGGCCAACAGAGAGCGAUUUAUAUAACAAGACGGAAGUUAAUGGUAGUUACAAGAAAUGGCGCACCCUUGAUAAUGAACUGGACAGAUCUCCGAACGGGCAUCUCCUAUAAAGAGACCUUCUUAAUUGUAACUCAACGAAGUGAUGCAUUUAUAUAACUUUUUUCACUAUGUAUAUAUUGUCUAACGGGUUUAACUUGUGCUUUUUUGAUUUUUGGCUUUUAGUAGUUUAUAUUCACUGUAUAUUUUAUAAUACUUGUUGCA